AACAAUGUCAAUGAUGGGUGGUUUUGGACCAGAGAGCAAACAAGUGAGGAAGCCUGCACAAGCUAGCUCGAGAAAAGGUUGCAUGAGAGGCAAAGGUGGUCCAGAGAACGCUUUCUGUACUUAUAAAGGUGUCAGGCAGCGAACUUGGGGUAAAUGGGUGGCUGAAAUCCGUGAACCCAAUCGUGGUGCUCGUCUUUGGCUUGGGACUUUCGACACUUCCCAUGAAGCCGCUAUGGCUUACGAUGCCGCCGCACGUAAACUCUACGGCCCCGAUGCCAAGCUCAAUUUGUCUCAGUCUCAACCUAGUCAGGUACCCCAAAACCUGAACAAUUCAUCAGGUAUGAGCUCAUCUAAUAUCCCAUCUAUUAGGGUCAAUGAAAUGGCACUUCCAGUGUACAACAGCAACGACCACUCGGUCAUGGCUUUCCCCAACGAGAAGGAAGCGAAGUUUGGGCAGGUUAAUGAAGAUGGAACCGAUAGGUUCUGGGAGAAUAUGAGUGUGAACUUGCCUGUUUUAAACGACAAUAUUUGGGCUGAAACUGCUAUGUCUUUAGAUUUCCCGAUGAUGGUUGAUGAUGAUCCAGGCAGCUUCGGUAGCAAUAACCUUAUGGAAGCCACUGGCUGGGACGCCUUGCAAUCGCCAUGGUGCAUGUAAAACGCUAAGCUA